AUGUAAUAUAAACAAGAAUUUGGUAUCUCAUUAGGAUAGCUUGAAGAAGACUUGAAUUGUGAUGAAACUUCACCUUCCAGAUAAUUUGAUUCAUUUUAAUUAAUUAAUCAAUUAUCAAUAAAAACAAAGGAUUCUGUAGAACAGAAAUUUAAGUAAAUCAAAAGAAGAUUAAAUCAUCAUAAAUCUGAUAUUCAUAGACCUGCUUAACUUUUAAAUGUUGAUUAAAAAAAUAAUUAAACUGAAAAAAGAGGAGCAACUUAUGAAAGAUUACCUAGUGAUUUAUAAAUUGAUUCAUAAAUCAGAUAAGCUAAAAAAAAGAAUAUUAAAGUUUCAGAAUAAUGUCUUAGUAGAAAUAAUGUAUUAGAAUCUAAUUCAUCAUCUUAUAGUUCAAAAUUGGGUUCAAAAUAAAAUUGUGUUAAAGGAAUUUUAAAGAAAUAAACACUUGAUUCUUCAUUUUCUGAUAAUAAUUCAAGGUGUAGUAGUAUUGGUAGCAAAAAAAGUGUUAAGUUUAAUUUAUCAAAACCAGAAGUUAGAAUGGCAUUAAAUUAAUGGAAAUGA